AUGAGAAAUCAUGCUGAGCUUAGCAACUAUUCUGUUGGCAUGGAUUGGGUGGAGACCAACUUCUACGGGUUCAAACCAUUCCAGGAGCCUGCCUACCCAAAGAGCAUGGAGGAGGCCAGAGAAAGAAGCGCUUACUUUCUGCUCAACUCCCUGCGCGUGGAUGUGGGUUCACCGCUCUACGGAGAUAUCACCGUGGUUUUGCUUCCAAGCUUUGCUCACCGUGUGUCGGUGAUUUCACCUCUUGAUUCGGGCAGCUGGUGCGGCUUUUGUCACCAGUGUUUCCAGAUGCCAACCCCAAGCUAUUCACACAACUGCAGCGCCUGGUCUGGUCCUGAAGGGCUGGGGACCUUCCAGGCCUUAGACCAUCUCCUUGGCAUCAACGAAGCGUAUUGGGCCACGCCUGAGGCCUUUCUGCACCCACUGGGACGAUUGCUGGGCUCUGCGACGUUCACUGGCGAAGACUUGGUGCGAUACUUCGAGGUGAUGCCUGCCGCAAAGAUUGAAUUUCCUCAACACGUAAAGUUCGUCAUUGCUGCCUUUCCAAGCCUUUUUGGGACAAUGCGAGGGGAACGUGUUCGAAGUUGGUGUCGAAGAAAUGGAUGGCUGCUUGUUUGGUCUUUGGGAUUGAAUGUGGGCUUCUCCACAGAUCAUGGUAUGCCUCAUUUCUGGGAUGUCCGCCACAAGGGCCCAUUCCUUUGCAAGCAGCGGCUAAUUGAUCCGGUGCUGCUGGAGUCGGCCCAGCUGAACGCGACGGCCGCGUCGGAGGAUCUGACGGCCUUUGCGGCCUCAUGGCGCCAGAUGAGUUCCCUGCGUGCGGCCACCCUGCAACCAGAGGACUUCUCUGCUUUUUGGACGGCGCUGGUGGCAAAUCUCUCAGCAGAUUUGCAGAUAGAAGCUGUACGACCUUCCUGUGAUUUGGAUCGCUGUAUGGGUGUAACGCACCGGGGAUGUCUUUGCAGAAUGCGCAGUGAAGAUGAAGGAAUGCGCACCUGGACAGUGUGA